AUGACUAGCGUCGGCUUAUGUCGUACAUUACUAGUUUGUAAGAUACAUAAAAGGAUGUCAUCAAGUAAAUUUAGCUAUGAGGAAGCUGUGAAGAAAUUAAAUUUAUUACAGUCAAACAAAUCGACUAUAGCGCAAAUUAGAAGAGACAUAAAACUAGGCCAAAAAUGCACAAACAUAGAAGAUAUGGAAAAAUACUUAGCCAGAACGGGUGUGUCCCUGUCAGCAUUAGACAAGCUCUCUGUUAUACAUGUGGCUGGCACUAAAGGCAAGGGUUCAACGAGUGCGAUGUGCGAAUCAGUCCUCCGCCGGCACGGAUACAGGACCGGCUUCUACUCUUCUCCUCAUCUAAUAGAAGUACGCGAGCGCAUCAGGCUGGAUGGUAGCAUCGUUAACAAGGACACCUUCGCCAAGCAUUUCCACGAGGUCUACGAUCGGCUGUACGCUACACAGAGCUACGAAGGCGACAUGCCCAAGUAUUUCGCAUUCCUGACGGUGCUAGCAUAUAACGUGUUCUUGAAGGAGAAAGUGGAUGUAGCGAUUGUUGAAGUAGGCAUUGGAGGCAUUGUCGAUUAUACCAAUGUCCUUAGGAAAGUGCCAGUAGUCGGAAUAACAGCAUUAGGCCUCGAUCACACUUCGAUUUUGGGUAAUACACUACCCGAGAUCGCUGAAGCCAAAGCCGGUAUCAUGAAACGCGACUGUGAAGCGUACACUGUACCUCAACCACCAGACGCCAUGGAGGUACUGCAAAGAGUUGCCAAGAAUGUUCAGUGUUCACUAAACAUAGUUCCGGAGUACAAAUCCUACACAUUCCAGAAUGGCUUGAAACUGAAACUACCCGUGGACAUAGACGCGUAUCGUAUGAAUGCUUCUUUGGCAGUCCAACUUGCACACGCAUGGAUGCGUAAAAACACAAAGUCCCCAAUAGAUAACUUAAAAUCAACUAAUAUUACCCACGGAGGUGUUGAGGGAAAGGAGAGCAAACAAAACGUAGCUAUGAACGGAGUUGUAGAAAAUAUAAUAACAAAACUUCCAAAUGAAACAAUCAAGGGUUUGUCUAACUGUAAGUGGCCAGGGCGAUACCAAAUUGUGGAAACGGAACAUUCGACAUUCUAUCUGGACGGGGCGCAUACAAAGGAGUCUAUGGAAAUAUGCGUAAAGUGGUUCAAAGACAAUAAUCGGUAUAACGAAAAACACCUAAUAUUUAGUUCAACAGGUGAUAGAGACGCUGAGAUUUUAUUGAAACCUUUGACAGAUGUAGUUUUUAAAAUGGUACAUUUUGUAAUUCCAACUGCGUUUAAAGAAAUGAGUCAAAAAAAUGAUAAUUAUUCUAUUAUUGAACAUAGAGACUUGAUUGCAAGAUGUAACAAAAGUGCUGAAAUUUGGAACAGGCUCCAAAAAAUAUCUAAAAACAAUAAAGUAAUGGUAUUCGAAUGUGUUUCGGAUGCAAUAAGUUAUAUUAAAGAAAGUGAAGAAAACAAAUCAGUUUUGAUUACAGGGUCUUUACAUUUAGUUGGAGCAUCACUUUCCAUUAUUAAUUCUAAUUUAAGUGAAGAAUAG